GAAAAUAUUUGCGAUGUUUCUAAACUCAAAGAAACAUGUAAAGAAGUCCAAGACACAAAAUCCAUUUUUGGAAAUAACAAGGAUAAAAAUAAGAUAUUUGAUAUGUGUGAUAAGAUACUCAAAGAUCCCAAGUAUGAUAAUGGUAUAAUUCCCGAACCAUUAACAGUAAAUCAAAAGAAAUUCAUAAAACAAUUUGAAUCUCAAUUAUUCACGCACCUUAAAACUGUCGGAGCGUAUGCGAUUAGUUUCGAAUCUUCUAAGAAACCUUUCUUGAAUAUAAAAAUAGAAGGAAUGGAAAGACUUGAAUAUCCAUUUGCUGAUUUUAUUAGGACAUAUUAUGAUAUAGAUUAUGAUAAUACAGAAGGCAUUUCAUAUAACCAAUUAAAAACUAUCAUUCUAGCAACCAAAAUCGAAUAA